ACAAUGAACAACAGAGUUUGGGCUAGAGCUACAAACUGAGAAGUUGAUAAAGCAAUACAUACAAAGAGGUACCAUAGGCAACUUCUCAACAAUUAAACACUACCUAGAGUGUUAGACAGAAACAUUGGACAAUCACAAACCUUUUUGCAUGGAAGAUUUGCAAACCAGCUUGGAGUCACACAAGACUGAUUGGAUUUUUGACUCACAACUUCACAGCAAACCACAGCCAAGAGGAAGAGCUACUUCACAAAGAUGAUGGCUUUACCUUUGCAUCUUCGUCCUGCCCUACUGUUCUUAGUCCUGAUGAGUGUGACACUGACAACAUCAGCUUUUCCCCAGCCUCAGCUUCGACCUCUGCAAAGGAGUAACUUGCCUGCUAUUGGUCAAGAGGACUCCAAAGGUGAACAAUGGGAGGUUUUGUACCCCUCCAUCUCUCUCCGUGACUGGAGCAUUCAGAUGCUGACCGCCCCAGAUUUUGGUGCAGCAAAGGCUGGGACAGAACAGCUGAUGGAGGAUGAUUGGCUUCCCCUCAGUCAGUCACAGAUGGAGGAGGAGCUAGUGAAGGGUUGGCCGGGCAACUGGCCUUCACGGGUGGGUCACCAACAGAAGAGAAACAUAGUGGUGGCAGAUGACGCUGCAUUUAGAGAGAAGAGUAAGCUUCUGACAGCAAUGGAAAGACAGAAAUGGCUCAAUUCCUAUAUGCAGAAACUCUUAGUAGUUAAUUCUAAGUAAUUAGAUAGAAUUAGAGAAUGCUUAUGUAAUUGUGUAUAUAUAUAUAAAAUACAUUGAAAAAUAUUACAUUUCAUGUGGGAGAAAAACAUCAUCAAAGAUAAUGUGACCAAGUUAAAGGGUUAGUUCAAAGAAAAACAAAAAUUCUGUCAACUAUACUCAUGCAUUUUAAUCCUGUAUGAUUUUCUUUUCUGCCUGAGACGCAUAAAGUGGUAUUCAGCACAAUGUCCCACCUGUUUUUUACCAACAAGAAAGUAAAUCAUUUGGUUUUAAAAUGGCAUGAUGGUAAGUGAAUUAUGAAAACUUUAUUUUUUGGGGGGGGGUAAUCUGUCCCUUUGAAAAAACGCUUGACACAAAUAUUGUAUGUAGAUAAAGAUGUUUUUUCUUUCUUUUACAUGAUCUUUGAAUGAGGAAAAUGCAUGAUGUGUUUGUUGGUCUCUUCAUAAUUUGAAUAAACACCUGAAAACUA